AUGGACGUGGACGUGGACGUGGACGUGGACAUGGACGUGGACAUGGACGUGGACGUGGACGUGGACGUGGACGUGGACAUGGACGUGGACGUGGACGUGGACAUGGACGUGGACGUGGACGUGGACGUGGACGUGGACGUGGACAUGGACGUGGACGUGGACGUGGACAUGGACGUGGACGUGGACGUGGACGUGGACCUGGACGUGGACGUGGACGUGGACAUGGACGUGGACGUGGACAUGGACGUGGACGUGGACGUGGACGUGGACAUGGACGUGGACGUGGACAUGGACGUGGACAUGGACGUGGACAUGGACGUGGACGUGGACGUGGACGUGGACGUGGACGUGGACGUGGACGUGGAGGUGGACGUGGACGUGGACGUGGACGUGGACAUGGACGUGGACGUGGACGUGGACAUGGAAGUGGACGUGGACGUGGACGUGGACGUGGACGUGGACAUGGACGUGGACGUGGACAUGGACGUGGACGUGGACGUGGACGUGGACGUGGACGUGGACGUGGACGUGCACGUGGACAUGGACGUGGACGUGGACGUGGACGUGGACUUGGACGUGGACGUGGACGUGGACGUGGACGUGGACGUGGACGUGGACGUGGACGUGGACGUGGACGUGGACAUGGACGUGGACGUGGACGUGGACAUGGACGUGGACGUGGAGGUGGACGUGGACGUGGACGUGGACGUGGACGUGGACGUGGACGUGGACGUGGACCUGGACGUGGACGUGGACGUGGACUUGGACGUUGACGUGGACGUGGACGUGGACAUGGACGUGGACGUGGACGUGGACGUGGACGUGGACGUGGACAUGGACGUGGACGUGGACGUGGACGUGGACGUGGACGUGGACGUGGACAUGGACGUGGACGUGGACGUGGACGUGGACGUGGACUUGGACGUGGACAUGGACAUGGACUUGGACGUGGACAUGGACAUGGACGUGGACGUGGACGUGGACAUGGACGUGGACGUGGACGUGGACAUGGACGUGGACGUGGACGUGGACAUGGACAUGGACGUGGACGUGGACGUGGACGUGGACGUGGACAUGGACAUGGACGUGGACGUGGACGUGGACAUGGACGUGGACGUGGACGUGGACGUGGACAUGGACGUGGACGUGGACGUUGACGUGGACAUGGACUUGGACGUGGACGUGGACGUGGACGUGGACAUGGACGUGGACGUGGACGUGGACGUGGACAUGGACGUGGACGUGGACGUGGACAUGGACAUGGACGUGGACGUGGACGUGGACAUGGACGUGGACGUGGACGUUGACGUGGACAUGGACUUGGACGUGGACGUGGACGUGGACGUGGACAUGGACGUGGACGUGGACGUGGACGUGGACAUGGACGUGGACAUGGACGUGGACGUGGACGUGGACGUGGACGUGGACAUGGACGUGGACGUGGACGUGGACAUGGACGUGGACGUGGACGUGGACGUGGACGUGGACGUGGACAUGGACGUGGACGUGGACGUGGACAUGGACGUGGACGUGGACGUGGACGUGGACAUGGACGUGGACGUGGACGUGGACAUGGACGUGGACGUGGACAUGGACGUGGACGUGGACGUGGACGUGGACAUGGACGUGGACGUGGACAUGGACGUGGACAUGGACGUGGACAUGGACGUGGACGUGGACGUGGACGUGGACGUGGACGUGGACGGGGACGUGGACGUGGACGUGGACGUGGACGUGGACGUGGACAUGGACGUGGACGUGGACGUGGACAUGGACGUGGACGUGGACGUGGACGUGGACGUGGACGUGGACAUGGACGUGGACGUGGACAUGGACGUGGACGUGGACGUGGACGUGGACGUGGACGUGGACGUGGACGUGGACGUGGACAUGGACGUGGACGUGGACGUGGACGUGGACUUGGACGUGGACGUGGACGUGGACGUGGACGUGGACGUGGACGUGGACGUGGACUUGGACGUGGACGUGGACAUGGACGUGGACGUGGACGUGGACAUGGACGUGGACGUGGACGUGGACGUGGACGUGGACGUGGACGUGGACGUGGACGUGGACCUGGACGUGGACGUGGACGUGGACUGGACUUGGACGUGGACGUGGACGUGGACAUGGACGUGGACGUGGACGUGGACGUGGACGUGGACGUGGACGUGGACAUGGACGUGGACGUGGACGUGGACGUGGACGUGGACGUGGACGUGGACGUGGACGUGGACGUGGACGUGGACGUGGACAUGGACGUGGACGUGGACGUGGACAUGGACGUGGACGUGGACAUGGACGUGGACGUGGACGUGGACGUGGACAUGGACGUGGACGUGGACAUGGACGUGGACAUGGACGUGGACGUGGACGUGGACGUGGACAUGGACGUGGACGUGGACGUGGACGUGGACAUGGACGUGGACGUGGACGUGGACAUGGACGUGGACGUGGACGUGGACGUGGACGUGGACGUGGACGUGGACAUGGACGUGGACGUGGACAUGGACGUGGACGUGGACGUGGACGUGGACGUGGACGUGGACGUGGACGUGGACGUGGACAUGGACGUGGACGUGGACGUGGACGUGGACUUGGACGUGGACGUGGACGUGGACGUGGACGUGGACGUGGACGUGGACGUGGACGUGGACGUGGACGUGGACAUGGACGUGGACGUGGACGUGGACAUGGACGUGGACGUGGACGUGGACAUGGACGUGGACGUGGACGUGGACGUGGACGUGGACGUGGACAUGGACGUGGACGUGGACGUGGACAUGGACGUGGACGUGGACGUGGACGUGGACAUGGACGUGGACGUGA